GUGUUACCAACUGUCAAAUUUGUUGAAAAUAUGGCAGAUGAAAACAUUCCGCAAAAGAAAGAAGAAUCUAAAAAAAAGCACUUUAAACGCCCCAAUAAAAAUUAUGCUGUGAAAAAACGACUACCAGUAAGACCAAUCGAAGGAAACAAUGUUAUAUUCAUUACCAAAAAAACUAAUUUUAAGGCACAGCUAGAUAAAUGCUGCGAUCUUCUAACAAAGGGUGAAAAGGAAAUCAUAUUACACGGUCUUGGAGCUGCUAUUCAGAGAUGCUGUAACUUGGCAUUGCAACUGGAGAUAUUAUUCUCUGGGACUUGUCAAAUUGAAGUCAACACUGGCACUGUAGAUUUAGUUGAUGAUCUGGAACCACUGUCUGAUGAACUGGAUUUCGGCGCGCAAGUGAGGCACUCGUCAUCUAUCCACAUUAGGGUAUUCCGGACUGCAAUGCUUGGUGCAAAUCAAAGUUAAUAAACAUAGAAAUGUUUUUUAAAUUGAAUGAAAUUGUGCAAUGGAUUGGACUGACUGUGUUUGAGAUAUGGAUAAACUUGAUAACUAUAACUAUAUUCUCAGUGCUAUUAGCAUUAAAGGUAGAUGGAGUGGUAAAUAGUGCUUGGUGGACCAUAUUUGCACCUUUGUUUGUAAGUGAUGCAAUGAAUGCGUACUUCUGCUGUAUUGUAUGUAUUAGAAUGAAUCUAGAGAACUCCUACAAAGCUUCUAUGUAUAGAGCAUCUUGGAGUGCAAUAUUUCUAGGUUUAACCUUUGUUUUUAAGUUUUUAUUGUGUAGAAAGCUACAGGGAGAUUCAGCCAUAGAAUACAGUGAAGUAUUUGCACCUUUGUUCAUAUUACUUCAGUUAA